AAUAAUUUGCUACAUAACUAAAAUAAUUUAAUAUAUUAAUACAAUUUAAUAAAUAGUGAAAUACAAUGUCCAAAGUGCAGUAAGAAAUUAACAGUGAAUAAAAGUAAUCUUUCAUUUCGCUGCCAAAAAGUCUUUUACGAGAAAAAUGAACAUAAGAACUAUGUGAAAAAACAGUGUGCCUUUACAAUUAUUUUCACGUCACUGCGCAUGCUCCAUCACUCUCCGCAGUCCCUGUACAGCAUCGGUACGAUAGAUUUCCUAACCCCGAAACUGUCACUUUUUAACAUUUCGUAACUUUUUUUCUACUUGAGAGCGACGAUUUUCCUUCUCGCAAUCGCAUUUUCUCAUCAAAAUAAACGAUAUUGCAAAGUUAGAACGAAAUCGGUGAGGAAGAGACUCUCCUUCAGAUUUACCACACAUGCUUAUUUCUCAUGCUGUCUGAGCGCAAUGUCUUGGGACAGAAAAUUAAUACGUAGCGAAUAUUUCAAAUUACGCAAAUUUUCGUAAAACUGGCAAACUCUUUAAUUCCUCCUGUCGAUGCACAAGCGCAUCCUCGCGAUGCCGCACCCAGCGCAUUCGACGGCCACGCCGCGAAUCGAGAUAACAUGGCCGACAACGCAGAGCCAGUGUCAGCUGCUAAACUGCAGGGUAACGACACUCCUUUCCUCGGAUGCACCAUUUUCUCCCUUUAUUAACCACGUAUCCCCGCCGAGUCAUAUUCCCAAACACGUAGCACGGACGGGGACGGAUAUUCGACGCAGCGGGAAACUCGAGUCGAGAGUUCAAGACGAAUCGGUCGAAUUAACGGAAGAGUUUGAAAAAAAGAGGAAGAAAAAGAAGCGGGGUGGGGAGACUCGUGCGAGGCGAGAACUUCGAUGCUCGUCAGCUCGUACGACAUUUGGGCCCGGGGGACUCGCGCGGUGAGGAGUGGUAGACGGACUCUCGUGGACGACUUCGGGGAUCCCAGGUCGACUGUGCCGCGUACGCGCGCGUGUGACAUUGUGUCCGUGUACUCGGUUCGUACGAGGGCACGAUGGAGUACGUGCAGAUAAAGGACAUUCGGGCGGGCCAAAAGAACAUCAACGUAGUGUUUAUCGUUUUGGAGGUUAGCCACCCUACCAUCACCAAAGAGAACCGCGAAGUUCGAACAUUCAAAGUGGCCGAUAGCACCGCCUGCAUGAACGUCUCUAUCUGGGACGAGCCAGGUCAGCUGCUAAUGCCGGGAGACAUCGUGCGGUUGACGAAAGGCUACGCGUCCGUCUGGCGACAAUGUUUGACCCUUUAUUCGGGCAAAACCGGUGAUAUACAAAAAAUAGGCGAGUUUUGUAUGGUGAUCAACGAGCAGGUCAACAUGAGCGACCCGAAUCCGGCGCUGGCACAGCAGUUGGUCAAUCAGAGCGGCUCGGGCCCUGGCAGCAACGUCAACAACAGCAUCACCAAUAACGGCAACGCCAACAGUAUCUCCAGCCAGCCAGGACGACAACCCUUAGGAUUUGACUUUCCCCUCGGAGUGGUGGUUUGUCACUUAGUCAUAAAAUUCAUCCUCGCUGCAUUAAUAAGAUCCAUCAGAAGAUGUUGCAAUGGCAAACGAGUAAAUCUCCCGUGGCAAAGUAUAGUUUUCUCGAUAAUGGCACCUGGCAUAGCCAGCGGGGUCGAUAUCGGACUGUCGAAUUGGGCACUUUCGUUGGUUUCUAUAUCCUUAGUCACCAUGACCAAAUCAACCGCUGUUAUAUUUAUCCUUAUGUUUUCUCUCAUUUUCAAAUUGGAGAAAAAGUCGUGGUCGUUAGUAAGCAUAGUGGUGAUGAUAGCGGGAGGAUUAGCGAUGUUCACGUAUAAAUCUACUCAGUUCGGUGUUCUUGGAUUUAUACUGUGCUUAUUAGCGUCGUUCGCGAGUGGCAUUCGAUGGACCAUGACGCAGCUCAUCAUGCAAAGAUCGAAACUCGGCCUACACGACCCGAUAGAUAUGAUGUAUUAUAUGCAACCCUGGAUGCUGUUACCCGCAGUAUUGGUAGCUCUGUGGUUCGAAGGUGCCAGGAUGUACGAUGGCAUCAGAAUCACGGAUUGGAGCAAUGUUAGUAGUAUCCUAUUGACUACGAGUGAAGUAAUUGCAGGUGCCAUUUUAGCGUUUAGUAUGGAAGUGAUGGAGUUCUUAGUUGUUAUUUACACCUCUAGUCUGACCUUGUCGAUCUCGGGAAUAUUUAAGGAAAUAUGUACGUUAGCACUGGCGUUUGCGUGGAAAGGUGACCAAAUGACUGGUCUCAACUUCGUAGGAUUGUUAAUGUGCCUUGGUGGUAUAAUACUUCACGUUGUCCAGAAAGUGUUGAUCAACAGGAAGAAGACGGUCGAUAAUUUGGAGCUUCAGUCGAAAGUCACAAGCAGCAGUACGAAACGCGAGGAAGGAACCGAUUCCAAUAUCCCAUUAUUGACCGAGAAAUCCACGUCUUUAAUGAAUCUUCUUAACGCGGAAUUUAGUUCGGAUGAAGACGUCGGCGUGAGAGGGGAUGAUAAUUCGACGCAAAUACUAUCAGACAUUUUGCAACGUAGAGAACAGUGACACAUUGUGAAUUUUUAAUCGUGAUGCAUACCACUGCACAAUAUGAAAUUAUUUUACUAUGAAAAACAUUCCAAAUGAUGUAUGUUUAUGGCUUAUAGCAUUUUAUAUUUUUACAGUGUGAAGUUUAUCAAUAGUCGGAUUUAUAACAUCAAAGAUAUGCUUUUUAUACAAGGCAUAAAAUUUGAUAUACAUCACGUUAGAUUUUUCAAGAAUUAAUGUUUGCAUUAAAUACGUCUUAAUAUCGUGCUCUUUACGAUUCUUCUGGAUUUUUAUGUGAAUAUCUGGGAUAUUGAACGCAUCAUAAAAGGCUCAUGUAGUAAUGUAUAACGUGUGUUUUGCAAAAUGUCAAGUGGGAAAUUUUUCAGAAACAUUUUGUUGUCGAACAAAGGUAUGAGUCGCAUAAAUAUCCCAGAAACUUGUGAAGUACAAAGAUGGAAAGUGUGAAAUAGACCUUGCUGUCUAUACGUAUCGAUAUUGAUAGAAAAGAUGUGAAGAAGAUAAAUUACUCUAAUUGUUUGUAUAUAUUAUAAACACAUACACAAGUCACUUUCUGCGAUAUAUUAAUUUGUUUAAAGCAGGUAAAAUAUCUUCUGUUUUAUAUAGCAGAUAUACUUCCAGAAUUUAAUAUAAUAAUGAUUUCAUUGAUAUUGAUGUACAUUACAAUUUUCUAAUGUUAUAUGCCUCAAAUGAAUGCAUAAUACAAUAAGUUUAGCUAGUCGUGCUAGUUAAAGCAUAUUAAUGCAAAAUUUAAAUAUAAUAACUGUUUUCAAAAUGUUUGUGCAAAUCUUGUUUGAAUCGUUUAUCAACUGUCAUGAAAUGAUAAUGGAAUAGUUCACAUGUGCUAUGUUCAAUAUUAUAUUGAGGUAGUAAUAUCAAUCAUACCAAAAAAUUUAAUAAAGUUAAUUUUAUUUUUAUAUCCUCAUAUUGAGGAUGGAUUUUGUAACUUGCUUAGAGCUUAAUAAAUAUUUUACAUAUGAACG